ACACACCACCUCCACCCAGACUGCGCUCAUUUAUAAACGCUCCUCUUCGCACCGGGACAUCUUCUGCCCCUGAUCCUGAGAUCUGCCACAGGAGACAUCUGUUUAAAAAUCCACUAACUGUUAUCAAGUCAUGGCAACCGUGGGGAGUAAAGGCACCAUUAAACCUUAUGCCAACUUUAAUGCAGCUGAAGAUGUUCAGAAGUUGAGAAAGUCCAUGAAAGGCGCGGGCACUGAUGAAGAUGCCAUUAUCGAUGUGAUCACAAACAGAAGCCUUGCUCAGCGCCAGGAAAUUAAAACCGCCUACAAAGCUUCUGUGGGCAAGGAUUUGGAGGAUGAUUUAAAAUCUGAGCUCACAGGGAACUUUGAGAAAGUGAUCGUUGGCCUGUUGACCCCAAUUACUCUGUAUGAUGUACAGGAGCUCAAGAAAGCCAUGAAGGGUGCCGGCACAGAUGAGGGGUGCCUGAUUGAAAUUUUGGCUUCUCGCUCAACAGAAGAGAUUAGAAACAUCAACGUGACUUACAGACUGAAAUAUGGGAAAUCUCUGGAGGACGACAUUUGUUCUGAUACAUCUUUCAUGUUCCAGCGAGUGCUGGUGUCUUUGGCUGCUGGCGGCAGAGACCAAGGCAGCAAUGUAGACGAAUCCCUGGCUAAGCAAGAUGCUAAGGAUCUUUAUGAAGCUGGCGAGAAGAAGUGGGGAACAGAUGAAGUGAAAUUCUUGACCGUUCUUUGCACUAGAAACAGAAAACAUUUAUUAAAGGUCUUUGAAGAAUACAAAAAGAUUGCGAAGAAAGACCUUGAGGCCAGUAUAAAAUCUGAAAUGUCUGGACACUUUGAAGACGCUCUCCUGGCUAUCGUGAAAUGUAUAAAGAACAGACCGGCUUACUUUGCCGAAAGGUUAUACAAGUCAAUGAAGGGUCUGGGCACAGAUGACAGCACACUGAUCAGAGUCAUGGUUUCCCGCUGUGAAAUUGACAUGCUGGAGAUCCGUUCUGAGUUCAAGAAAGCAUAUGGGAAAUCCCUUCAUUCCUUUAUCAAGGGAGACUGCUCUGGAGAUUAUAGAAAAGCUCUCUUGAAACUCUGCGGAGGAGAAGACUGAAUGAAGUGUACUACUGCGUCCAGAAUACAUCUCAACCUAUAAACAAACGACUUGAUUACAAAUAAAUCGCUGGUGCCUUUUUAUGAUUA